ACUUUGGGACACAGUUUACAUAUAUUUCGCUCCUCCCCUAACUACUCAUACUCUCGUCUACUUUCAAUGCGAGGCGGGUGGCAUCUCAAAACGAGCCUAUUACUCCAAUGAGAUCACUCCAUACUCCCAGCUGACAGCUCAGCCAGCCCCGCCUUCAAUCUACACAUCCAACUUCAUCCCAGUGUUUACGAAGCGUUUGGUUUGGCUUCACGAUGCUUUAAUUCUGAUAUAAUAUUUGUACCCGUAAAGUUUGACGAUUCGACGUCGAUAUUUGUGAGGUGGUACAGGGAUCUACACCAUGCAGAAUGGACAAAAAGGGAAACACCGAUAUCGCUUUUAAAACUACUGGGUGCACCUGGUUAAGUUUAGUCAGUGAUCAAGUUGGAGUUCCUUUGGAUCAGGUAAAUUUCAUUGCCUGCCAGGUUUUUGGACUAGCAGUUGCAUUUUGGUUUCGCCUCUGUCUUAAUCCGCAGCGUACCACCCCUGAGGUUCGGCAUGCUGUCGCAACCAUCAUUGGAGCUUCAUUCGUCAUGUUUUGCUUUGGCUGGUAUGCCAUACAUGUCUUCAUCCUGGUGUUGGCUUGUUAUGGAAUUAUGAUCAAAGCCAGUGUACACAAGGUUCACAGAUAUACUAUGAUCGCAUCGCUAGGAUACCUCACAGUGUGCCAAGUGAGCAGAGUAUUCGUAUUUGACUAUGGGAUCCUGUCCACGGAUUUCUCAGGCCCUUUAAUGAUAAUAACACAGAAGAUCACUACUCUUGCCUUUCAGGUACAUGACGGUAUGUGUCAAAAACAAGAGGAACUUACAGAUGAUCAGAGGCGCCUGGCUGUACACUCUAUGCCAUCACUGUUGGAGUACCUAAGCUACAAUAUAAAUUUCAUGAGUGUCUUGGUGGGACCCUGCAGUAUGUAUAAAGAAUACAUAGAGUUUAUAAAGGGCCAGCAUGUCCAGCACAGGCUGAAAAGAGUGAAAGACACCAGCUCUCAGCAGAAUGGCUGGGAUAAAAUUCCUGAGCCAUCGCCCAUGAGGGCUGUGAUUAAUAAGCUUCUUGUGUGCACUUGCUGUCUGCUCUGGUUCUUCAUCAUCACAAAAGCAUUCCCCAUAACAUACAAUGUGGACCCACAAUUCAUCAACAAGGCCUCUUUCAUUACAAGACUGGCCUAUGCCUUCAUUUCCGUCCAGGCAGCCAGACCCAAGUUCUACUUCGCAUGGACCCUCGCGGAUGCCAUUCAUAAUGCAGCGGGCUAUGGUAUCAGUGGUGUGAAUGAAAGGGGAGAAGUGUGCUGGGACCACAUCUCCAAUGUUCGCAUCUGGAAAAUAGAGACAGCAACAAGUUUUAAAUCAUUUAUUGACAACUGGAAUAUACAGACUGCUCUUUGGCUAAAAAGUGUAUGUUAUGAUCGAGCACCGUAUUAUCGAAUGCCACUCACGUUUGUGCUGUCGGCCAUCUGGCAUGGAGUUUACCCAGGAUACUACUUUACAUUCAUCACCGCUAUACCCAUCACCUUAGCAGCUCGCUCUGUGCGCAGAAACUUCCGGGAGUAUUUUUUGUCUUCUCGGGGGCUCAAGAUCUGUUAUGAUGUUGUGACCUGGGCUGCCACUCAGCUGACUGUCUGCUACACUGUAAUGCCCUUCCUUCUACUUGCGGUGGAACCCACCAUGCAGUAUUACAGAUCAAUGUACUUUCAUGUGCAUGUCAUCAGCAUUCUGGCUAUGAUCCUUCUGCCCAGCAAACCCAGUGGCUUCAAGCCUGAAAUUCAUGCCCGGCAUUCCAACAAUAAUGUGAAGGAGAACUGAACCCUUCUGACCCUUCUGUUGUGUGUGUGUGUGUGUGUGUAUGGACUGAAGAGCGAAAGCACUGACAGACAAAGGCUACUUUGUGUGAACAAAAAAAAAAAAAAAAGUUCAGCUGGGCCUUCGCUCACUCUCAGGCCACAACUGAGCUGUACACAAAUAUACACGGCAUAACUCAGCAGGGAUAUAGUCCCUAUAUAUAGAUAUGUGCAAAUAUCAAUUUUGUCAGUUUUACUAAGUAAAUGAACGCUGCCUAAUUAAGUGUCUUUUAAAAUAGUUUAACACUGUAUUAUAUCUUAAUUUGUGGUGUUAAGAUGUAAUUUUGACUAUGUGAAAUUGCAAUGUAGUAAACACAUAAUGGCUAUGAAUAACAAAUGAAAAUACUACUGCAAAUAUUUACUAAAGAAUAAUUAAAUUAUAAUAAUGAAAUUUGUUAUAAACAGUGAUGCCUAAAUAAAUAUUACAGGUCUCUAAAUAAAUUAAUGGCCAUGGUCU